AUGGAUGUAGCUCCAUAUUUCCGUGUGUCUCCGGGCCAGGUCCAGACCCAUCUAGAGGGUAACAGGCUGGUACUGACCUGUCUGGCUGAAGGCUCCUGGCCUCUACAGUACCGAUGGGUCCUCAACAACACAGAUAUCACACACUUCUCUCUACUAUACACGUAUGUUAUCCCAGAGGUCCAGAGGUCGGAUGCUGGGUUGUAUCAGUGUGUGGUCAGGAACAGGAUGGGAGCCAUAUUACAGAGGAGAGCUGAGGUGCAGGUCGCCUUCAUGGGCAACUUUUCUGGUGAGGAUCAACGUGGUACGGUCAGUGUUGGUCGAGCUGCGGUCCUGAACACUCCAACCGUCAGCUGCUUCCCGAGACCGCAGGUCACCUGGUACAGAGACGGUCACAAGAUAAUCCCCAACAACAGAGUAGCCGUGUCGUUGGACAAUCAGCUGGUUGUCUUGUCGGCCAGUGCGGUUGACGUGGGGCGGUACUACGUACAGGCGGUCAACGAGCUGACCGGACAAAACCACACCUCUCCCUCUGUCUACCUCAGCAUGGCUGACCCUGAUGCUCUGGUUGAGCCCGUGGCUCCGGUGAUUGUGAUUGGUCCGAAGAAUAUGUCUGUCGUGGCAGGGAGGGAAGCUACACUUGAGUGUAUUGCUAACGCCAGGCCGGUGGAGAGGCUGGUGUUGUCGUGGAAACGUAAUGGGCGUCGGCUGGCCAGUGGAGUGGGCAUGUUCGGGCGUCGCCUGACCCUCUCUAGCCCCUCCCUCUCAGACGGGGGCGUGUACGUGUGUGAGGCGUCGCUUCUUAACUCCACCACCAGACCCACCGAGGCCCGGGCGCAUCUCACUGUACUGGAGCCUCCAUACUUCACUGCUGAACCCAGACUGAAGACUGUAGCAGCGGUGGACAGGAACGUCGACUUACACUGUCAGGCCAAGGGAGUCCCUCCGGCCCGUAUAGAGUGGUAUAAAGACGCGGUGCCCGUAUCCAAGCUGGCCAACCCUCGCUACAAGGUUACCGCGGCAACAGGUCUGACUGUGCGGAGAGUCCAACCGGGAGAUGCCGGAAUGUUCCAGUGUUUCGCUCGAAACGCUGCCGGAGAGACACAGACACACACACAGCUGGUGGUUACUAGUGUCACCCCCUCCUUCUCCCUCCUCCCCUCUGAUCUCACCGUUACCGACGGCAACUCGGCUGUGUUCACCUGCGAGACCACUGGAGCCCCCAAACCUGCUGUCAGCUGGAGGAGAGGUUCCUUGCUCCUGGCCAGUGGGACGGUCCAGAUUCCCAGGUUCAUCCUGCUGGAGUCAGGUGGUCUGCUGGUUGAGCCAAUCAGGAUGGAAGAUUCUGGCGACUACACCUGUACUGCCACGAGCGCAGACGGAUCCAUCAACGCUACUGCUACUCUCACUGUCUGGGUUCGUACAUUUAUCUCCGUCCCGCCGGUGGACCAGAGGGUCAUCAAGGGAACCACGGCAACCCUGGACUGUAACGCUACACACGACCCCAGGGUCAACAUCAGUUUCCAGUGGCAGCGUGGUGCAGUACCCCUCCAGCCCAGCGGGGGCAGAGUGUCUAUAUUGUCUGGUUCUCUGACCAUCAGCCAGACUUGGUCAGGUGACAUAGGAGACUACACCUGCACUGUGACAUCAAAGGCCGGGAACCAAUCACGCUCCGCACGCCUUGAAGUCAUUGAGCUCCCCCACUCCCCCAGAUCUCUGUCUGUGUCUCUGAAUGAUUCAGACAGCCGUUCAGUUCUUCUCUCCUGGGUCAGACCCUUCGAUGGAAACUCUCCUCUUCUACACUACAUACUGGAGCUGUCUGAGAACAACUCUCCGUGGAAGGUGUACACGUCGGAGGUGGGCCCUGUUGUGACACAGGUGACGGUGGGCGGGCUCACACCUGCCAGGACCUAUCAGUUCAGACUCUGUGCUGUCAAUCAAGUGGGCCGCGGCCAAUACAGCGGCGAGACACAAAGGUUGAUGCUGAGAGAGGAGGCUCCCAGCGCUCCUCCUAACAACAUGGUGGCGUCGGGUCGGACCAACCAGUCUAUCAUGGUCCAGUGGCAACCUCCCCCAGAACCACAGCUCAAUGGAGUGCUGCGAGGAUACGUACUCAGGUAUCGUCUGGCAGGUCUACCAGGAGAGUACCAAGAGAUGAAUAUCUCUAGUCCAGAGACGAACUACUGUCUGAUAUCAGACCUCAUUAUCUGGACUCAGUACCAGAUACAACUGGCUGCUUACACUGCUGCAGGCCUGGGGGAAUAUAGUGCUGCUGUUACCGAGUACACACUACAGGGAGUCCCCACAGCGCCCCCUCAGGCUGUAGAGGUAACAGCAGUCAGCUCAACCACGAUCAGAUUUACCUGGAACCCUCCGCCUCAGCAGUUCAUCAACGGGAUCAACCAGGGAUACAAGUUGCUAGUCUGGCCGGAGCACUACCCCGAAGCUGUAACCAUAGUGACCAUCACCCCCGACUACCCCGGUUCCCGCCUCACCGGAUUGGUUGUUGGACUCAGGAAGUUCACCUGGUAUCUAGGCUCCGCCCUCUGCUUCACCACGCCCGGCGAUGGACCCAAGAGCCCUCCCAUACUGCUACAGACACACGAAGACACACCAGGUCCGGUGGGUCACUUGAGCUUCACUGAGAUCCUGGACACGUCUCUGAGGGUGAGCUGGGCAGAGCCUAAAGACAAGAACGGCAUCAUCACAGGUUAUGUGAUAUUGUGGUGUGUUUCGGGGUCGGGGGUCAAUGCGUCCUGUGAGGAGCGACCUCUCUCUAACUCUACCCUGCAAUACAAGGUCACCAGCUUGACCUCUAUGACAUCAUACACCCUGGAGGUCGCCGCCAUGACAGCGGCAGGAAGAGGCGUGGCCACCACCUCCACCAUCUCUUCUGGAGUUCCGCCAGAGCUUCCUGGUGUGCCCUCUAACCUGGUCAUCUCCAACAUCAGCCCUCGCUCCGCCACACUAAGGUUCCGCCCCGGCAGCGAUGGAAAGACGGUCAUCUCCAAAUGGAUCGUAGAAGGACAGGUGGUGAGAGAGCGAGGUGAAGAGAGGGAUGGGAAGGAGGAGGAGUGGAGAGUUGUGUAUGUGAGAGAGAACAGAGAGAAGCAGCCUGAUGUAGACACAGUGGAAAUACCAGACCUCCUCCCCUUCACACUGUACAGGUUCCGAUUGCGCCAGGAGAACAUUGUGGGCUCCAGUCCCUCUAGCACCCCCUCCAGGAUGAUUCAGACACUGCAGUCGGCCCCCGACACACACCCCAGCAACCUCACCCUGGUUACAGCUACACAGACCAGCCUCACACUGCGCUGGGCGCCGUUACCGGUUUCUGAGUAUAAUGGUAGUCCAGAGACGGUGGGAUACCGGGUGUGUGUCCGGCGGGCAGACGGACGGGGAGAGGAGAGGCUGGAGGAGGUGGCGGAGGUUAGAGGUCAGGGGUCAGGGGUUAGUGGUCAGCAAAGCGAGACGAUGCUGGAGGGCCUGGCUGAAUGGACGGAGUACCAGUUGAAGAUACAAGCAUUUAACUCCAUUGGAGCCGGACCAUGGAGUACAACACUGACCACACACACCAAGGAGUCAGUGCCGUCUGGCUGUCCAGUGAACGUGAGUGCGGAGGCGGUGAGUUCUACCAGGAUUUUGGUCACAUGGUCUCCUGUUCCUGAGAUGCAGAGAAACGGACCCAUCCUAGGAUACAAGGUGUUGUACGCGGUGAAGGAUUGUGUGGACCCCCCCUCAGUGUGGUCCGUCCCAGGAGAGAGGAGUGUAUCUGUCCUCCUAGGGGAACUACUGAAGUACACAGUCUACCAGAUUCAGCUGAUAGCAUUCACACAGCUGGGAGACGGACCGCCGAGCCCCAAAACACUACACAGGACCAAGGACGACGUUCCAGGUCCCCCAGUGAGGCUGUUGUUUCCAGAGGUCAGUCUGACGUCUGUCAGGGUGGUGUGGCAGCCUCCUACUGACCCCAACGGGAUUAUCAUGGGUUAUCAGAUAGCUUACCGUCUGGAUGCUGGCGACCCCAUGCGGUUCACUACGGUGGAGGUGGGGUCGACCGCGCGUCAGUUUACAGUCAGAGGUUUGACCGGAGACCAGGCCUAUGUGUUGAAGUUGACCGCUAGGACCUCACAGGGAUGGGGCAGAGCUGAGGAAGCUGUAGUUAUCACCACCGAACGCAGAGAGCGUCCCUCCCCCCCCAGGAAGUUGUCCGUCCCCCAGGGGGAGGUCCAGGCUCGUAGGCUCCGCCUCCACUGGGUUGCCGGGAUGACAGGCUCCUCUCCCCUACGGUACUACAGCCUGCAAACCAGAGAGCUUCCGACCGGAGACUGGACCAGUCACUCUGCUGAUAUACCACACAAUUAUACAGCCUGGACUGUAGAGAGACUGAAGCCAUUCACGUCGUACAAGCUGAGGAUGCUGGCAACCAACGAUGUAGGAGACAGUAACUACAGCAAAGAGACGGAGACUGUUAUCACACUACAGGAUGUUCCUGAGGAGGCUCCAGUGAUAGUAUCAGUUAAACCCUCUACUACUACCUCUGUUAUGGUGCAGUGGCAGCGUCCCAGUGAGGAGAGUGUUAACGGGGUGCUGGUUGGUUACCGGCUGUACUACCGGGAGCUCCCGGUAAACUCCACCCCUAGUACGGUACCCCUGGAAGACAUGGCAACAGCCAACAACACCACCACACGUGGUGCUCACAUCACCGGUCUGACCAGCUUUAAAACAGUGAGCAGUGCUUCCUUAACAGAAUUUGAGUUAACACAGCUGAAGAAGUUUAAGUGUUAUGAGAUCGUCAUGACAACCUAUAACAUCGUAGGAGAGAGCCCACCCUCUGAGCCGGCCACUGUGUCAGUUGGAGAAGCAGCUCCCUCCUUGCCACCCCAGUCUAUCAGAGUGGUGCCUGUCUCCGCUACUGUACUGGAGGUGACCUGGGACCUCCCACCCCUACACACACAGAAUGGACUCAUCCAGGGUUACAAGAUCCGCUACUGGCAGCUUGAAAGACAGAACCAGACAGAGAAGAUGACGUUGGUGUUUGUUCCUGAUACGCGUGUUCGUCUGGUCAACCUCACGUGUUACACGUCCUACCUCGUCACGCUGUCUGCCUUCAACGUAGCUGGAGACGGCCCGCCCAGCGAACCCCGGGGCGCCAAGACCCUACAGGCCGCCCCCAGCCAGCCUAGUUUCCUGUCGUUUUCGGAGGUGACAGGAUGGAGUGUCAACGUCUCCUGGGGGGCGCCCAGCGCUUCUAACGGGGUGGUGGAGGGGUACAGGGUGGUCUACCAACCUACACAACCUGUACAGGGUGUGAGUCGGGUGGUGACGGUGGAUGUGAAGGGGAGCUGGCAGCGUUGGUUAAAGGUCAGAGACCUGACUAAAGGAGGAACCUACAGGUUCAGUGUCCAGGCUAGAACAGUCAGCUACGGACCUGCUGCACACUGUAACGUCACCUCACAACCUCUACCGGGCACCCCUGGUUCGCCCAUGGAGAUGUCAGUCACCAAGUCCUCCUCGGCGCUGACCAUUCAUUGGUCGGAGGGAGACGCGGGGGCGGGACCUGUCAUAGGUUACAUCAUCGAGGCUCGUCCCUCAGAUGAAGGCAUGUGGGACUCGUUUGUCAGGCUCCUCCCCCCCAGCAGUAGGUCAGUAACCGUGGAGAUGGACCGUCUGAGGUCAGGGGUCGGAUAUGAGUUCCGUGUCAUCGCUGUCAAUCGCUACGGUUAUGGAGAACCCAGCACGCCAUCCACCGCGCUCGCUGCGCUGUGGGACCGUCCCUUCUAUGAGGAGUGGUGGUUCCUGUUGGUCUUGGCUCUGAUUGGUCUGAUCAUGAUCCUCAUGUUGGUGUUCAGCCUCCUGCUGCACGGACACAACCAGCAGUACAGGAGCUGUAGCACAGGAAAGCAUGUGUCUACGGUGGAGGAGUCCGUAACCCUGGACAACGGAGGAUUCACAGCUCUGGAACUCAACAGCAGAACUCUGAACAACAAGAGCACCUUCCACAAGAAGAAUGGAACUAGGUCCCCUCCCAGGCCCAGUCCAGGCCUCCUCCACUACUCUGAUGAAGACCUGUGUGAUGACUACAACAAUGGAGCCAUCCUUACAGAGAGCACCACACUCACAGAGAAACCUACUGACGUCUCAGAGUCUGAGGUAACAGACAGUGACUGUGAGGAUGAUCAUCAUCCUAAACAUUCCUUUGUUAAUCACUACAUGUCAGACCCCACCUACUAUAACAGCUGGAAGAGACAGCCUAAAGGCCUGAAGGGGUUAAGUCCAGGGUACGUCUACGAGGAGUGUUCCAGCGCUGACGAGCCCUACUACCAGACCGUGGUCACACAGCACAGCAGAGGAGGAGCGUACACACCCACUGGGCUGCCCGCGCACACACACACACUCCCACACACACACACGCACGCCAACCCCAAUACUAAUCCACCAGGCUCACGUACGCCCGUCACGGGGUUCUCAUCCUUUGUCUGACACGUGCACAUGCACACAUGCGCAGACACACACACACACACGCUCACACACACAGAGGGCGGAGCGGAGGAGGUUUGGAGCCCACUACUGUGGUAGGACACAGGGAUGGAGGGAGAGGAGGGAGAGGAGAAUGGAGGGAGAGGAGGAUGGAGGGAGAGGAGGAUGGAAUGAGAGGAGGAUGGAGGGAGACGAGGAUGGAGGAAGAGGAGGAUGGAGGGAG